AGAGGCGAAUUACACAAGUCGGCAAAUGCCAAGCCUCACGAGUCACGACCCACUAGAGGUGGGACGAGGAGACAAAGAUGCAAUCCAAAUUAAAUAAGGUGACUAUUUUGUUUCACCCAAAAUAAAUACGGAGAGCAAUUGAAAUAUCGACGCCAUUUGUUUCCGUUGAAGUUUCGGCGUCUUUCUCCUUUCUUCCCUCGUCCCCUUCCUCCGAGAGAGACAGAAAAGAGAGGAUGCAGAUCUUCGUCAAGACCCUUACGGGAAAGACGAUCACGUUGGAGGUGGAGAGCAGCGACACCAUCGACAACGUCAAGGCCAAGAUUCAGGACAAGGAGGGAAUUCCCCCAGAUCAGCAGCGGCUCAUAUUUGCCGGGAAGCAACUGGAAGAUGGGAGGACCCUUGCGGAUUACAACAUCCAGAAGGAGUCUACCCUGCACUUGGUCUUGAGGUUGAGGGGUGGGACUAUGAUCAAGGUUAAGACGCUUACUGGGAAGGAGAUCGAGAUCGAUAUCGAACCCACCGAUACCAUCGAGAGGAUCAAGGAACGUGUGGAAGAGAAGGAAGGCAUCCCACCUGUCCAACAGAGGCUGAUAUAUGCGGGGAAGCAACUGGCUGAUGACAAGACGGCUCGUGAUUAUAACAUUGAGGGUGGUUCGGUCCUUCAUCUUGUGCUUGCUCUUCGUGGUGGUAGCUAUGAGUGAAGCUGUCACUCUUCGAUUCAUACGGUGUGGCAAGUCCCUGCCAUGAGUUUUCUAUCCUACAUACAUAAGCAUGCUACAUCUUAUGAAUUGCAAAAACUUUUAAAGUCACAUGCAAAUGGGUGUGAGGGUGCUCCAGAUGAAGGUUUCCUUCUGCUGUUAUCAUACAAUCGAUAGAUAAAUCACUUAUAUUGUUUUUUCUGUUGUC